AUGGAUGUCAUCAUAGUCCUGGAGGAGGGGACGUCACUUUCACCUUUCAUCCCAAGUUGUGAGAUAAAGAGCUCUUAUCUCAAAAGUUCUCCACAUGGCACCAAGUCCGUGAGGUGCGGUAAAUUGAUCAUCUCCGCACCUAGGAUUCCCGUUCCCCGAAGCAAAUCCGUCAUGGAAGCUGUACAGCGAGAACAUGACCGAAUCGUCAAAAAGACCAAAGGAUCGCAGGGAAUUAAGAAUGUCCAGUCUACUAUCGAUCUAUUACAAUCUGCCCGCGAUGCUAUCGCUGCUGGUCGGUACUCUAUAGACAUCCCCGCUCUGUGCUUCGCUGACGACAUUGGUUACCCGAUAGAUCCAACCUCUGCAUCUGUCACCUUAGCGAAGCUCCAAACCCCAGUCAAAUCGUCCUUUGACUCAAUCAACGACAGCUUGAAGGACACUCACAGUGGUCUGAACAAAUACACCAAGUCUUUAGAUAAGCUUUUCAAAGAUCGACCGCUUCCUACUACCGAACACGAUGCUCUCUCCUCGCAAGAAACCCUAAUCAACCGGGCCAUCGCCAUGCAUCUCCUUCGCGAAGGACAGUUCAGCGUGGCAUCCGCCUUCCUUGAUGAGAUAUCCGAACAAAAAAGCGCCGAGCCAAAGAAAACGAUCCCAGUUCAUCAAGCGACAAAGGAGCCCAGCAAACCACCAAACAGCCUACUCGAUCCGAACGAAGUCCCGUCAGCAGAGGUCCGAAAUCAAUUUGCCUCUAUGUACUACAUCCUACAACAGCUACAAGAAAACAGAAAUCUACUACCUGCCAUCGAAUGGUCAAGGGAGAACCGCGAGGCGCUGGAAGCCCGAGGCAGCAAUCUCGAAUUUGAAUUAUGUCGAUUACAGUAUGUAUGGCUAUACCAUGGCGGUGCGAGCAACCAAGGAACGGCAAGCGGCUGGUUGGGCGCUCUGGAAUAUGCACGACGAGAGUUCCACGUCUUUGUGCCCCGGUAUCUGCGCGAGGUUCAGCAGCUUGUAGGUGCGAUGGCAUACUCCCCCAACCUCGGCGGUUCACCCUACGCAUCUCUUUUCAACAAUACAUCUGCCUGGGACGACGUGGCAACAUUCUUUACUCGCGAGUUUUGUUCGUUGCUGGGUCUAUCAGCGGACUCGCCUUUGUACAUUGCUGCGACGGCGGGCGCAAUUGCACUUCCAACGCUGUUGAAGCUACAGACUAUCAUGAAGGCGAAGCGGACAGAGUGGACGUCUGAGAACGAGCUUCCGGUCGAAAUUUCCCUUCCACCUCAAUAUCUCUUCCAUUCAAUCUUUGUCUGCCCAGUAUCUAAGGAGCAGGCGACUGAUGAAAACCCACCCAUGAUGAUGCCCUGUGGCCAUGUCAUUGCGGAAGAAUCCUUGAAGCGACUGGGCAAGGGUAACAGAUUCAAAUGCCCGUACUGUCCCAGUGAGAGUCAUCCUAAGGACGCCCGGAAAGUGUUUCUGUAA